UCUGAGCCAAGGAAUAAAGCCAGCAUCCCUGGCGGUUGUUCGGCCUGUGCGGGCCUCCUGCCUCCCGCUCCCCGGGGCGGGUAGUGCAGCGCGCAGAGCCGUCGCGUCGCCACUGUCCUCUGGGUGGCCCCAGCGCGCACCGUUCAUUGAGCCGUGGAAGGUGAGGCGAGAGGAGGCUGGUGCUGAGCUCGCCAACUCCACCCGGGCCCGGGCAGACAAAAGAGACCGGCGGUACAGCUCGCGGGGACGCGAUGGCCGGGCGCGGAGGACGGGUGCUGCUGGCGCUGUGUGCCGCGCUGGUGGCCGGCGGGUGGCUGUUAGCGGCUGAAGCCCAGGAGCCCGGGGCGCCAGCGGCUGGCAUGCGGCGGCGCCGGCGGCUGCAGCAGGAGGACGGCAUCUCCUUCGAGUACCACCGCUAUCCCGAGCUGCGCGAGGCGCUGGUGUCGGUAUGGCUGCAGUGCACCGCCAUCAGCAGGAUCUACACGGUGGGGCGCAGCUUCGAGGGCCGGGAGCUCCUGGUCAUCGAGCUGUCUGACAACCCCGGGGUCCAUGAGCCCGGUGAACCUGAGUUUAAAUACAUUGGGAACAUGCAUGGUAACGAGGCGGUUGGACGGGAGCUGCUCAUUUUCUUGGCCCAGUACCUGUGUAACGAAUACCAGAAAGGGAACGAGACAAUUGUCAACCUGAUCCACAGUACCCGAAUCCAUAUCAUGCCCUCCUUGAACCCCGAUGGCUUUGAGAAAGCAGCAUCUCAGCCCGGCGAGCUGAAGGACUGGUUCGUGGGCCGCAGCAAUGCCCAGGGAAUAGAUCUGAACCGGAACUUCCCAGACUUGGAUAGGAUCGUGUAUGUUAAUGAGAAAGAAGGCGGUCCCAACAACCACCUGCUGAAGAAUCUGAAGAAAAUUGUGGACCAAAAUUCGAAGCUUGCCCCCGAGACCAAGGCUGUCAUUCACUGGAUCAUGGACAUCCCAUUUGUGCUGUCUGCCAACCUGCACGGAGGAGACCUCGUGGCUAAUUACCCGUAUGAUGAGACGCGGAGUGGUACUGCUCACGAAUACAGUUCCUGCCCCGAUGAUGCAAUUUUCCAAAGCUUGGCUCGCGCAUACUCUUCUUUCAACCCAGUCAUGUCUGACCCCAAUCGACCUCCCUGUCGCAAGAAUGACGAUGACAGUAGCUUUGUAGAUGGAACGACCAAUGGUGGUGCAUGGUACAGCGUCCCCGGUGGAAUGCAAGACUUCAAUUACCUGAGCAGCAACUGCUUUGAGAUCACUGUGGAGCUUAGCUGUGAGAAGUUCCCACCUGAAGAGACUCUCAAAAGCUACUGGGAAGAUAACAAAAACUCCCUCAUCAACUACCUGGAGCAGAUACACCGAGGUGUUAAAGGGUUUGUCCGUGACCUUCAAGGUAACCCGAUUGCCAACGCAACCAUCUCCGUGGACGGGAUAGACCAUGAUGUCACCUCGGCUAAGGAUGGGGAUUACUGGCGAUUGCUUGCGCCUGGAAACUAUAAACUUACAGCCUCAGCUCCCGGCUACCUGGCAAUCACAAAGAAAGUGGCAGUUCCUUUCAGCCCUGCUGUUGGGGUGGACUUUGAGCUGGAGUCUUUCUCUGAAAGGAAGGAGGAGGAGAAGGAAGAAUUGAUGGAGUGGUGGAAAAUGAUGUCAGAGACUUUGAAUUUUUAAGAAAGGCUCCUAACUAAUGGCUUUAAUAUAUCCAUAGACUAUAGUAAGAUGCAACGUGACUCUUUUAUUUUAGGUUGUGUGCAGUUAAAUAUUUAACAUCGGUUUAUUUUCGAUCAUUUAAGUAGUAGUUGCUAAUCACUUAAAUAACACUCGGACAGAACCGUAGUGUCUGGAUCGACUUCAUUCUUUCAUGAACAUUCGCUUUAAAAUCUAGGAAGAUCCUUUAACGUAGUUGGUGACAAUGUCACAUGACAGAUGCCAUGAAAAAGUCAACCGAUGUAGCUUGGAUCUGUGAGCACUGUGUGUAUGGCGAGAAUCACAUAGUUCCAUAUAAGUUGUCCUUAGUCUCUUGUGCUGAUCCACUGUAUAAGCAUGAUCCUGUUAAUGCGCUUCUGAGGGAAGGAAAACGUACGUGCUUUGCAAAGGGGCUCUGAGCAGAAGGAAAACCUAGUUCUUGUGUGUACUUUGAAGAACGGAACUGUAUUAGUCAGCCUGUUAGUGCAACUUCAGAGUUUGGGGUUUUGUCUUGAUUGCAGAUUGGCCCAGGAUUGCAUUCUGAAUGAAUAAAGGAUUAAAAAAAAAAUCCCA